GCCCAGGGUCAAACAGCUAGUAAGUGCUUGAGGCUGGAUUUGAAUUCAUGUCUUUCUGACUCCAGGCCCAGAGUUCUGUGCACUGUGCACAGCCCCAUCCCCCGCCACCCACUCAGCUGCCUAAUGCCUAGUGAGCACUUCACGUGCUGUCUCUCCCUAUGGAUUCCUGUGAGUAUUUUGCUGUCUUUGUUAUUUUCUGUAAAAUAAAGACUGACCUUUACCUGUAUUAUUGCGUGUUCCCUUGGAUGUUUCGUGGGAAUCAGGGACCCUUUUACACACAUCUGUGGAAAACUAAGUAUGCCCCAUAGCAACGUGCAUAAUGGCCGAAGGGUGGUCUUGUAGCCGUCCCCUCAUGCCUGGAACUUCUGGGCCGUCUAUGCAUUUCCGAAUGUUUAGUAAGUGCCAACUGGCUGCAGUUUAACUGGAGCAAAACAAUCUGAUUUAAUACCCCCCCCAUCUUACAGAAACAACAUUAACAUCCUUUUUUUUCAAGUUUCGAGCUCCAAAUUCUCUCCCUCUCCCUCUCUCCCCUUCCCCUCUCAUUGAGUAGGCAAAACAUUUGACACAGCUUAUACAUGUGCAGUUUCAAGCAAACCAAUCUUAACAAGAAGGUUGAGGGUGCGCAGAAACCCCCCAGGCAGCAAACACUUUUCAAAAGCAAAGCUAACGUAGCCGAGGACCCACCAGAUUAGUCGAAAACCUACAAACAGCACCUCCUGGGAAAUCUCUAGGGGUCACCCCAAGGCCUACAAACGUGCCUAGAAAGUCAGACAGAGAGGCAGCUAAGCCCAGUAGCCUCCGAAGCAUCUCCAGCUGAACCCAGGCCGGGCUCACGAUGCAAACCACGGUGGGGCAGGGACGGUCCACGCCCUGGACGGCCCGUGCCUUUUUAGGGUUACUGUGAGGAUCCAGGAGAUGCUAUUUGUCAAGCGCUUGGUGCGGCAGCCAGCCCACACCGGGCGUCCGAUGAGCGCGUGUUUCCAAUCCCGCGGCAUGGGGACGGCCGCCCUGCACAAUAUUAGACGAGUGCCGAGGCUCGCCAGCCUCCUAAGGGGCGGCACCAGCGCCGGGCUGCGGGCAGAAUGCUGCUUUUUUGGCCAGUUACCCAGGAAACAGAGGCAUGCAAAAUGGCCUUCAUCCCUUCCCUGCCCCAUGCCACUCUGGAGGGGCUACGGAAGAUUAAGGGAAAUGAAGCCGACCAGGCUGAACACCCAUCUCUGGGCCACCUGGAAGCACUGUUAGCUCUUACAAUGUUGAACGCGACAUCCUUGCCCAAUGAGCUUCGUGGGGAGGCACAUACAACAGGGGCUUUAUCAUGCUCUGAAGGGAGCAGGAAACCUCCCUCACUUCGUGGGAGACGUGCCCUAGGGACAAAGGACGGAAGCAGGACUCGGGGACCCGCCCCGCUUCGCUGCGCCCAGCUAAAAAGCCUCGGCAGGCGCCCCCAUCCCUGGUCGCUCGCGCCUGCGCGGAGUCCUCGCUCCACCCCCAACCGCCCCCUCCUCUUCGCCUACUCCAAGCGGCUCGCCUCACUGCCCGAACUACAUUUCCCAUAAGAUCUUGCGCAGCUAACGCCUCAUCUUGUGAGGGUGGGUGAGCCUCGAACACACAUUACUUCCGCUUCCGGCGGCGAGUCUUUGGUGACUGUGGCCUCCUGGGCUCUGCUGCAGCCGCCGCCCCCGGGACCGAGUCCCGCGUCCCGGGACCCGGGCCUGCUGCAGAAUGAAGAAAUGAAUGAAGGAAGGAGUGAAUGCACAGCCUGCGGUCUCCAUCCAGCCUCAGCCCAAGCUGCGCACCCUGGCCCUCUCCUGGCACCCUGGAGGAGAAGGAGGAGGAAGAGGAGGGAAUGGCUCCCGGGUCCCCCCAGGAGCAGGUGACGUUCAGCGACGUGGCCGUGGACUUUACGGUGGAGGAGUGGGGCCGGCUGGCCCCUGCCCAGAAGGAAUUGUACAGGAGCGUGAUGCUGGAGAACUACAGGAACCUGGUGUGCCUGGGCCUGGCAGCGUCCAGCCCAGAUGUGAUUGGUCAGCUGGAGCGAGGAGAAGGACCGUGGAGGGUAGAAGGAAAAGUCCGGAAAGGCCUUUGUGCAGAUCAGAAGACAAGCAAUGGAACCCAGGAGAUAACUACAAAACAAGGCCUUUCUAUCGAAGAGUCAUCCCAAGAAAGAAUCAAAAAUGACAUUUCCUAUGUCUCUCAGUUGGGAGAAACUUGGAAGUGUGAUGUCGUAUUAGAAAGACAGCAGGACAAUGAGGAGAAAUAUUCUGGACGAUUAAAAAUCACCCAAAGGAAAACUCUCAGUAAAGUGAGAGGCCAAGAAUCUAAUACAUGUGGAAGAAGCUUCAGUUUGGAUUCAGUCCUUUUUCCACAUCAGAGAGUAUCCUUAGGAAAGCAUCUCUGUAAACAUGAUAGACACAGAAAGAGCUUUAGGAUAUAUUCAGACCUAAGAAAACGUAAUAGACCUUAUUCAAAGAAGAUUUUUCCUAAGUAUAAUGAAUGUGAGAAACCUUCCAGUUAUAAUUCAGACUUGGUUGAAUAUCAAAGAAUCCAUGCUGCAGAGAAACCUUAUGAAUGUAAUGAAUGUGGGAAGGCCUUCUGCCAGAGUAUACAACUUAGAAUUCAUCAGAGAAUUCAUACUGGGGAGAAGCCUUAUGAAUGUAAUGAAUGCAGGAAGGCUUUCAGCCAGAGCUCACAGCUCAUUCAACAUCAGAGAAUUCAUACUGGAGAGAAACUUUAUGAAUGUAAUGAAUGUGGGAAAGCCUUCCACUGGAACUCACAGCUUAUUCAACAUCAGAGAAUUCACACCGGAGAGAAGCCUUAUAAAUGCAAUGAAUGUGGAAAGGCCUUCCAUCAGAGCACAGUACUUAUUCAGCAUCAGAGAAUUCACAGUGGAGAGAAAGCUUAUGAAUGUCAUGAAUGUGGGAAGGCCUUCCACUGGAGCACACAACUUACUGUACAUAAGAGAAUUCACACUGGAGAGAAACCUUAUCAGUGUAAUGAAUGUGAGAAGGCCUUCCGGCGAAGCUCACAGCUCACAGAACAUCAAAGAAUUCACACUGGUGAGAAACCUUAUGAAUGUAAUCAGUGUGGGAAAACCUUCCGCCAGAGCUCACAGCUGAACCGACAUCAGACAAUCCAUACUGGAGAGAAACCUUACGUAUGUAAUGAGUGUGGAAAGGGCUUCCACCAGAGUGCAGGGCUUACUCAACAUCAGACAGUUCAUACUGGAGAGAAGCCUUAUGAAUGCAAUGAAUGUGGGAAAGCCUUUAGCCUGAGCACACGACUUGCAGUACAUCAGAGAAUUCAUACUGGUGAGAAACCAUAUAAAUGUAACGAAUGUGGGAAAACCUUUCGCCAGAGUGCAGGACUUACUCAGCAUCAAUCAGUUCAUACUGGUGAGAGAGCUUAUGAGUGUAAUGAGUGUGGGAAAGCCUUCCGACAGAACUCACAGCUUACUCGACAUCAGGUAAUCCACACUGGAGAGAAACCUUAUGAAUGUAAUGAGUGUGGGAAGACCUUCCGCCAAAGCUCACAGCUUACUCAACAUCAAAUAAUCCAUACUGGAGAGAAACCUUAUGAAUGUAGUGAAUGUGGGAAGACCUUCCGUCAAAGCUCACAACUUACUCGGCAUCAAAUAAUACACACAGGAGAAAAGCCUUAUGAAUGCAAUGAAUGUGGGAAAGCCUUUCGACGGAGCACAGAACUUACUCGACAUCAGACAAUUCAUACUGGAGAGAAGCCUUAUGAAUGUAGUGAAUGUGGGAAGGCAUUCCGCCGUAGCACAGGACUGGCUGAACAUCAGAGAAUUCAUACUGGAGAGAAACCAUAUAAAUGUAAUGAAUGUGGGAAGGCCUUCCGCCUAAGCAUUGGACUUACUGAACAUCAGAGAAAUCAUACUGGAGAGAAACCAUAUGAAUGCAUUGAAUGUGGGAAGUCCUUCACCCUGAGCACACAACUUAAUCGACACCAGCGAAUUCACACUGGAGAGAAACCUUAUGAAUGUAAUGAAUGUGGGAAACCCUUUCGACAGAGAGCUCACCUUACUCAACAUCAAACAGUUCAUACUGGUGAAAAACCUUAUGAAUGUAAUGAAUGUGGAAAGGCCUUUAGCAGAAGCACAGGACUUUCUGAACAUCUGAGGAUUCAUACUGGAGAGAAACCUUAUAAAUGUAAUGACUGUGGAAAGGCCUUCCGAUUGAGCACAGGACUGGCUGAACAUCAGAGAAUACAUAGUGGGGAAAAACCAUAUGCAUGUGAGGAAUGUGGGAAGGCCUUUAGCCUAAGCAAGCACCUUACUCAGCAUUACAGGAUUCACACUGAAGAGAAGCCUUAUGAAGGCAAAGCUUUAGGAAUAUAACAAAGUGUGAAGGAUAUUGGUUAGAUUACACACUUUGUGGGAAAUUGGAUAACUCGAAGUACAGGGAAAUCUUAUAGAUUGAUUAAAUCCUUGUUUAAUUUCC